GUAGCGUGCAGACGUGUCCGCUCUCUCUCUCCCACACAUCCCUAUCAUUCGCUCGCGUUCCCUCUACAAGCACAUCUCUCUCCUCUAGAACUGUGUCUAGCAAAUAUGUGCCCUCUAAUACAUAGUGCUCUACACGAUGUGUAGCUGCAUAUACUCGCGUGUGUUUACAACAUUAUUCUUAAAAAGUUAAAUUUAUUUUCAAAAAGUGUGAUGAAAAAAUAUAUUGUUUGCUUUAUAUCAAAACGAUGAUGAGUUUGGUAGCAACAUAAUGCCAAAAACGUGGCCACACUGUCAAGUGAACGUGGCCACACUGUCAAGUGAACGUGGCCACACUGUCAAGUGAACGUGGCCACACUGUCAAGUGAACGUGGCCUGUCAAAUGAACGUGUACGUCAAGUUUAGUGUUGUGAAGAUUGACUGAAUCAGACCGCUGCCCAUUGUUAGACUGUCAUUCAGGAGGGCCAUCAGAACUCUCCCCAUUACCAGAGUCCCACAAAAGAACCCAUCAGACCUCUGUUUUUUUUUGCCAACAGUCAGACAAACACUUAAAACUUAACGUAAUGGUGGUAAUUGACCCCACAUAUGACCCCACACAUGAUCCAAGAUCAAUACGCACACACCUGAGAUGAUCUGAGUAAUAUUCAGACCAUUACAGUCCCUCAGAGCGACCAUGGAUACCGGAUAUAACCAAUAUUCUCCUAGAAGAAAGAGGAAACCAUCGCCUCAUUCCGGUUCCCCAAGUUCCUGUCCCCCUUCAACGUCCCCUUCGUGGUGGCCCCUGGAGGCCCCGCCACACGCCUGGCUCUACCUGACGGCGUGGCUGGCGGGGGUGUUGGUGUACAUCAACGGCCUCACCGGUGACUUCGUCCACGACGACAUCAGCAGCAUCAAGACCAACCCGGACGUGUUGGGCACCGCCCCGAUCUCCAGCCUCUUCUUCAAUGACUACUGGGGCAGGUCUAUGGCCGACCCUCUCUCUCAUAAGUCUUACCGCCCCGUCACCAUACUCACCUUCAGGUUAAACCACCUUGUGCUUGGACCUGGACCCGUUGGGUUCCACCUGGUGAACGUGGGACUACACUCCUGUGCUUGUCUCCUCCUGACGCGCCUCCUGCUGCGCCUCCUGCACCUGCCGCGGGCCACCGUCCUCUCUGUCAGCCUCAUCUUCGCUACACACCCCGUCCACACUGAGGCGGUGACUGGAUUGGUGGGUCGAGCAGAUAUAUUAGCGACGUUGACCUUCCUGGCUACCAUCCUCGCUUACCACAGAGCAAUUAUGGCGGAUUAUGAGGAGAUCCUCGACGCUGAAGGAGGCGGCGACGAAGGAGAAGGAUCACGUGCCGAAGGAGAAGAAUUAAACGUGAGGAAGGACGACAUCCUCCUGGAAGAGCCUCCUGGAAGGUCCUCCUGGAACGCCAGCAGAAGAGGCGCCCAUGGGAUAGUACCAGAGGGAAUCGGUGUAACGGGAGAAGGGAACACAACCUUUGAUGGAAAGGAGGGAGAUAGAGAGGGUAAAGGAUCGUUGCUGUGGGUAGGACGGACGGGGAUGGUGGCAGGGCUCGGGACACUGUGUAAGGAACACGCCCUCACCGCCCUGCUGGUGUGUGUCGCCUGGGACCUCACACUCCACACCUCACACCUCUCCAGGACCCUUCGGCAGCAGUCGACCAGCCAACACCUUCGGCUUCUCCUGAAGAGGGUCUUCUGGCUGGGUGUGGCGGGAGCCGCCAUCUUGAGUUUCCGGUUGUGGAUGAUGAGAGGAGCUCCACCAGCCUUCACCACACAGGACAACCCGGCCUGCUUCUCCUCCUCUCUCCUCACAAGGGUGUUGACGCUGUGGUACUUGCCGGCGCUCAACGCUUGGCUUCUGUUAUGUCCCUGGACGCUGGCCCACGACUGGCAGAUGGGCUCCAUUCCACUCCUGACAUCCAUCGGGGACCCCAGGAACAUGGUCUCUCUGGCCUUCUACCUCUCCCUCCUCCUUAUAUUAAGGGCUGGAGUUCUGGCCAAGGGGCAUGAGAGUAAAGCGAUGCUGUUGGGGUUGUCGCUGUUAGUGCUGCCCUUCUUACCCGCAACCAAUCUUCUUUUCGCCGUCGGUUUUGUGGUCGCUGAAAGAAUUUUGUACAUCCCCAGCUUGGGGUACGCAGUGCUGGUUGGUUUAGGUCUCUCCAGGCUGGGGCGGCUCCGGGCGCCCUGCCUCGUCCUGCUCCUGUUAGUCUUCUCCUGCAGGACUCUGCAUAGGAACAGAGAUUGGGAGUCCAGAGAGACGCUUUUCCUGGCGGGACUCAGAACUCUUCCACACAACGCCAAGAUGCACUACAACUUCGCCAAUCUACAGAAGGACUUAGGCAACGUUGAACGAGCCAAGUUCCACUACCGGGAGGCCAUCAGACUCUGGCCGGGACACUGGAGCGCCCACAACAACCUGGGCACUCUACUGAACGACACCUCAGAGGCAGAGAACCACUUUCAGAUGGCGUUGAAGGCCCACCCACAACACGCCCACGCCCACUACAACCUGGCCAACCUUAGACAGAAGCAGGGUCGUGUGAGCGAGGCUAUGGCCCUCUUGGAAGAGAGUCUACGUCACGACGCUACAAGCAGGGACGCCGUCUCCGUCCUGGCCGGCCUCUACGUCGACGUCGGACGACCCGACGACGCAGAAAAACUUCAUUUGGCGUUACUAGCUGGUCGUCCUUCCGAUCCUGCCGUCCACAACAACUACGCCGCCUUCCUUCAGAGGAUAGGUCGAGGUGAGGCAGCGCUGAGGCACUACGAGGCGGCACUGGCCCUCGACCCGGACCACAAAGUGGCACUAGUGAACACAGCGAGACUCAUGACUUCUCUCCACCACGAUAACCAGGCUAAGAUGCUCUACAAGAGAGCCCUGGCCGUCGCGUGGGAAGCGGAGGUGGGAGAAAGUCUUGGGAAGCUGUACCUAAACAAUGGUCGACUGGAGGAUGCUGAGGCAACAUUCAUCUCUGUCCUCUCCCGCUACCCUCAGAUGCUGUCCUCCAAGGUGUACCUGGCCCGGGUCAAACUACAACAGAGGAACUACCAUCAGAGCGAGGAACUACUGCGAGAGGUACUUAACCAGGCCCCAGGGCAGCAGGAGGCACUAUUCCAGCUGUCUCUUCUCUACACUCACACUAAUCGUACCCAGGAUGCCCUAGUUCUUGCUCAGCAGGCGGCCCACAACUGCUCAAUACCACCCACGCUCUGCGCACACUUGCUUGCGCAUUAUGGAGACUUGCUCAGUGAUAAACACAACAUUGACGAGGCGGCCCAGAGUUAUCUGCUGGCGGUGGAGUUGGAACCGACUUUAACCCACGCGCAUGUGAACCUCGGAGCCUUGUACCACACUAAGGGUGAUUAUAUCCUGGCGUGGAGACAUUACAUGAUGGCACACGGUCAGGAGCCCCUAAAUACCCUUCUGCUGGAGAACAUGGAAAAACUCCGUCGGCUCCAGCACCUCCAAGCAUCCUCAGGCAUCCCUCACUGCUUCAACAAGUCCUGAUAGGCUUUGUGUUAGCUUCUAGAGCACCUGGAUAUAUUUUGCAUUAAAGAUUUCGUUGCCAAAGGUUUCCAUGAUGGUUUGGUUUUGUGCAAAUGUUGUAGGCCGGUGGCGUGAAUUGCUGUGGGUAAGUAGGUAAGUGGUUCCACUAACAACACACACACACUAGCUAUCUCUGAGUAAAUAGAGCAGUUGGUGCUAAUAAUUGGAUGUCAUGCAUACAGAAAACGAGAACAUAACAGUGUUCUAGCAAUAUACAGACACGUUAAUGUAUUUAAGUUAAUUAAAAGUUAAUGUAUUUAUAUAUUAUAUUGCCACCGUCCCAGAUGGACGUGGCGCUACACUUGGUCUUGUAAGAUCCAAGGAACUUUACCUAAUCUUUCGAUACCAAGAGAUCGCUCUUACGGGAGAUAAAGAGUUGAACAAACCUUAAGCCGAAUUCAUGAAACAUUUAUACAACCACUUAAGGAACCUGUAUAUCAUUCCUCAGUCUUGGUGACUUAGUUUACAUUUAUUAAACGGUGUGUAAACUCUGAAGCACCACGAGGUUGUUUACAACAAUAAUAACCUUGGGUUGUGACGUUUCCAAGUUGGUAAACUGUUUAAAAAGUACAGAUUUGAGUCUCAAUAAUCCAGGAAAGAUGUACAUAUUUCGUAAGUGGAGAGGCAAAUACUUGAUGAAUCCUGACUUGAAUUCCGAAAUUACAAAUUCAAUAUUUUUUUGCUAAUAAUAACCAAAUCAAGAACAAUGUAAAUAAAAAUUACUAUAUUUAAAUAAUACCGGAUAUGCCAAUUAAUUAUAUGUUAACUAUGAGUAUAACCAAAUUUAUAUCGUGUCAUUAUUAAAGUCUAAAAGUGACUUUGAUGCUAAUAUUGGCUUUGAUGUUAAUUGGAAACAGCGUCAAUAUUAAUAUAUGCUCUUUAUUGGCCGGUACAAUGAGGCGUGUCAAUGAGCUGUCUGUCAAAGUUAUUGAAUACUGAGGGUGAUGAUAGUGUGAUAUACUGACACCCUGACCCCAGUGUGUGUGUGUGAUAUACUGACCUCAGAGUGUGGGAUAUACUGACACCCUGACAUCAGAGUGUGUAUAAUAUACGAACUAUAUACUGGAUAUACUGACACUGACACCAGGGGUGUAAUAUACUGACAGCCUGACACCAGAGGAAGUGAUAUACUGACACUAAUACUUGUGAUAUAAGAACGCUUACACUGACACAAAUGUACACGAUAUAUAUACACUGACACAAGAGACUCAGAAGGCUUAUAGAAAACAAGUAGCCAGCAAGCCUAUAGGAUGCGAUUAGCUCAGUAGGCCUAAAAUACAUGAGUAGCUUAGUAGGCCUAUACGACACGAGAUGCCCAGCCUAUCUAUAAGAAUCGAGAGGCCCAACUUCUAAUAUAUAUUAUUGACACAAUGAACACAAUAUUUGAUUUAGAAAAAGAGACUUUAAUAUUAUUUUACCCAAAUAUUGCUUAUGAAAGACUUGACUGCUUCGUCCGUGUAUGAAUGUCAGACUUUAGUCUGUGCUAAUGUGUCGGCUAUUUUCUGACAGAAUGCUAUUUUUAUAGAAAGUCUGAAAUAAAUAUUUUU